AUGUCUUCAACAGAAAAUAUUAGUGAAAAAUUAUCUUCAGAUACAUCAAACGUUGAUCUUGAAACACACAAUUAUCCAUUUGAUAAAAAAAUAAUAUAUAAAAGCCCUAAUCAUUCAUUCAUUUAUAAUAUUAUUAAAGAAGGUAUUUAUCCCAAUGAACCAAAAUAUACCCAGGCUAAUUCUAAUGGAAAACAAUAUCCUAUACCUGAUGAAUAUUUAGUUGAAACUGAAUUUGGAAAAAAGAAGCAUAUACUUAAAUGUUCUCCUAAGUAUCAUAAUGAUAAGUUUGUGUUUUAUUUGAAUUGGAAGGAUAAUGAAAAUGAAAAUUGCCAAGUAACCUCAGAAAAAUCUGCAACAGAUGCCACUCAAAAAUAUUUAAAUAAAACUUUUAGCUUUUGUUUAUAA